AAAGUUUUCGUGGUGGAGCUUGUGUGUUUAUGUACUUGCGGACGUAGUCGCCGAAGCAAACAGUUAAGAUUAUUGCCCAUCUUUCCUUUCGUUUUCCUUUGUUUAAAACAUGCUUUAUUUGAUAAAAACGAGAGUGUGGUUGCCAUCCAAGAUGGAGUCUCGACCACUCCCGUCCACUUGUUGAAGGACAAGAUGCCGGCACCGGGCCGUCCUAAGAUGGUUUACCACUUCAUUAGGCCUGGCGGGAGCAUUAAACAGGAGUUACUGGCCAGGCAGAGGUAAGAGAUCAGAAUGCGUAGAGAUGAACUCGAUGCUUAAUUUCGUGUAUGUAAGGAUAAUGUAUAAGGAAUAUUAUUUGACUUAUUCAUCAAAUAAACUAUCCGAAAGCAACACAUCCAAUACGGAGGUAAUAAAAAAAGAAGCCACGAGUGGUAAUAUUUUGUGGCAAAAAGCCUCGGCUCUUCGUCAGUCUCUGCGGAGUUCGAAAAAAACACGUCAGGAUGCACCACAUCACGUUCGUUCAUAUAGCGAUUACGGCGACGGCCGACUGACGGAUGCCAAUAGAUCUCUGAUGUAUUAUCCAGACCACGUGCCAUUGCAAGACCUACGCCGAAACCAAAAGUCGCAAAGGAAAUUGACCAGAGACUCCGGCUACGAAACCAGCAGCGGCCAAACCGAACCCGAUUAUGUAAAUAGCGAUUGGCUCUCCAACCAUGUAACCAAUAACUAUUAUCCUUUAGAAAAGAAAUAUCACCGAAAAGAAAAUCGUUACGUAAGCCGAAGCCAAAGUUAUGGUCGUGAUUCGUAUAAAAUCAGGCCUUGUAAUGUGAGAUCGCCUUUUCCGGAUUUUCCGUAUCAUCCGUUUUCACAUUAUAGUAGUACCGAAUCGUUAACCAGCUGUUGGUCCAAUUGCACAACUUUAGAAGAAGAUCAACUCGUAUAUCCUGCUCGUUCGGUUCCUGACCUCGAUCAAGUCGGAGACAUGGUGACAAGAAAAUUCAAAAAGGGUUCGGUUUACGAAACGCUGGCCACCAAGAGCGGGCUAGAUUUUGCUCCAGUAAUUCAAGGUCGGCCAUACUGGGAAAGAAGAGAGCAGCACACCGAGGAGUUUGCCCAUAACCGAAAGUUAAUAAAUAACAAAUGUGACGUAAACAUACGGCACGAGACGGAAAAAAUAACAAAGAAAGUGUCUUCCGGUAUCCAUUGUAAGUAUCAGAAAGACGAAGAAAAGCAAAUAUCACCUCCACCUCCACCAGUUCGAAAUUCAUCCAGUCUCAAGUACAUCCGACACCAACCCCAAACGCACGAAAAGUAUCCGUCUUGGCCAGCUGUUCCCACAUCCGAGUCGGAUUCUUCCAAUUCCGCAUUAUCGUCUUCAAAAUCAUCUCCAGCUGCUACGAGUCACCGUUCUAAUUCUUGGACGGAACAAACUAAUUAUCCCAAGGAAAGGAUAGCUUACUGUCGACCUAAAAAAUGUUAUAAGAUAUCUCCAAAUCAAUUACAGCCCGUAUUGGAAAGAUCGGUUCUGGAAAACGGCAAUCGACAACAAAAACACGAAGUAGGUAAUUUAGAAAAUUCCCUGAAAGAGGCUCUACACUCUGAUCCCAUAGAUUUGGAUAGCUUAUGUAGAUCAUAUUACCCACGCCAGACAUUAACUGUUUCUCGUGAUUACAAUAUCCAUUCUCCUCCGGAACGUGAUGUGCCAAGACCAACCGUUCACGAUAGAACUCGUAAACACCCGGAAAACAAUCAAUCGUGUUACUGGAAUAAUGGACCCGAUAGUUGCACCCCUCUUCUGGAUAGAUUGAGACUGGAGAGUGAAGUAAUGCCUUCUAACUGGUCACCUCAAGUAGAAUUGGAAACACCCAGCGAAACGGGAAACGAGAGCGUGGACGGCAGUAACAGCAGCCAGGAAACAUUAAAAUGGCACGGUUCUUGCAGCGAUCUUAGUUGUUCCAAUAAAUCAUCCAUUUUUGAUAGUGGCCGAUCUACUCUUCCAGACAGAUUAUCUCCUCAGUCAUGCGAUAGCAGCACAUCACAGAUCGUUCACAGUUCACGAGUGGAGCCCGCUCAGAGGCACGAUUCCGAAAGUGUACUUUAUUACUUAUCACCCGUAAGAAGUAACAAAAACGACGACAGAAAGAACUUUUCCACUUCCUUCCCAGGAUUUUCUAGAAACGGAUGCGACUCUAAUUACUAUUCCACUCCAGAUAACAUCAGCAAACUAAAAGUUUCCGAGCGAUCUUGCGACAUCAAUAGAUUGAAACACGAAAAUGAAUGCGAAACGAAGCAUCAGAAGUAUCAAUAUUUGGAUCCGGAAAAGAGACAUCGCAUAUCCGAUCCGGAAUUAAAAGCCAUUCAGAAACAAGCAGUUUUGUCUUUCUAUCACAGACAAACAGCUGCACAAACAAACACAUCGAACGGAGGAGACAUGCCCGUUCCCCACGAAUCUCCUCCAAUUUCACCAGGAAGAAUGAAAUGGAAUCAGUGGGGAGAUAAUAAACUGGAUAAAGUACCCGAACAUGCAGUUUUGGCCACGGAUCCACUCUCGAGAACAACCAUUAGAGGUAAUAAGACUCCAGAAGAAUUCAGAAAUUUGGAGAAUCAAUUAAGUUUAUCCGUUCCAAACUUGAACGAAGUAGCUCUUCCUCAUCAUCAAAUAUCUAGUCAACAAACUACGGGGAUUAGAAGUCAAUCUUUUAUGGAUGAACCUAUCGUAAGUAAUUUUUUACUCGUUUUAUUCGUUUUUUUUUUUGUUGAAUGUGUAUAGCCAUAUCUACUUCAUAAUAUAUAAUAUAUAUAGAUGAGAUUUCAUUUUAACAUUAUCAAUAUGGUUGUAAAAUAUCUAUCACUAGAGACUAUCGAUUUUAUUUGAUGUAUGUUAUUGUUUGAUUCAUUCCAAAUCCCACUAUUUUUAUAAAAGACUUGCCAUUUAUUUUCUCUUCUAUCGAUUUAUUAUAGUCCAGAGCAUUUACUAUAAACUAUUAUUUGUGAAGAAUGUAAGUUUAAAUUUUCACGCGAAAACAGGGGAAAUCGUGAAAGAAUACUUCAUUUUUUCUUCUAUUUUUUAUUGUAUUAUUCUAAAGAUCACGACUCUGGUAUUGUCUGUAAAUUUUAUAUACUGUGUUAAGAGAAAAUUUGUAUUGUUAAAUAUCAAUUAAAUCAACCUAAAUCUAACUCUUUAUAAGUCGAAAAAGAGAAGUGUAAUGUAUAAAAAACGAGGGGAGUAGUUUAUUUGGUAAGAUUAGUCAAAUCUUAUUUCACUAUCCAUUCAAAUAGAGUUAAAGGUUUGGUUAUUUCGAGUCAGAGAAUAUUUCGAGUGACAUGUUUACAACCAACCGUUCGACCAUUUUGUCUGCUUGCUACACAAAAAUUAUCGUCUGCAACCUGUUUCUCCAACAAUAAUAAAGAAAAAUGUCUUCCUCCGUCGUCUUACAGCUACUCUUUUCCGUUCUCGUACUAGACAUUUAUUGCCAUCUCUGCCCACUUCUUGUUUAUCCUCCUGCUCCGGCAUUAAUAUCUGUUAGUUUCCGUAACGUCAUAGCAACGCUCUGACACCAGUCGUAUUAAGAGAAGAGAUGGGUUGAUUGGGACUCUUGGCAGCUGACAAUCUUGCUUCCACGUCUUUAGCUUGUAAAGGAAUUCGAUGGUUCAAUAUUUUCUCAUAUAUUCGAAAUAGCUUUACCUAAGAAAAGCUCGUUGGCCCCGGGAUUAUAUUGAAUGAUAAUUGAUAAGUCGGGUUGUCAUUAUAACGGAUUGUUGCGGUAAUCGAUAAAAAGAGGGAGAUUUAACUCGAAUUGGAUGUUUUUGCACCUUUUCCCGCCAAAGGGAACGGUUUGUUGGCCAAUGGUAAUAAAAGAGGUUACACUCGUAACAGCUUUCUCCAACUCAUCUAACUUUGGCCGCCGUUUGCUCCGGGCUAUUCCUGCUUAAUUUCUCUAGUGUGCCUGGCUAAGCACACAUUCUGUUUUCGCCAACCACAAUAUCCCUUCGCUUCGAAAUUUGCUGGCUUUUAUCUCCCGACAUGUAACACUUUAAUUAAAACGAUCAUAAAUAAAGAUAAAUUAUUAAGAUUAUCUUUUGUAAGAGAAAAGUUUGGCGUAUCCUUCCUGUGAAACGGUACAGCAGAAAGUACUCUUCAUCCAAUUGAGAGCUUUCCGUCAGAUUCCGAAGUCAAUUGGGACUUAAGAAAGUGACAAGAAGACUGACUUCACCGCACGGCAGCUGUGCAUCUCGACCAGAAGCCAAAUUGCCAGGGGCCGAGAUCUGUCAGCCUGGUAUAGAGACUUGGAGUGAGAAGUAAUGAGCUGUCGUAGCGUUUGACGGUAAACUCUUCUGCUUCUAGAUUGUUAGAGCCUUCUUUUUUAUUGUCAUUUGUUUGCAGAAAUCACGUUAUAGUGCGGCGUCUGGCAAAACUGGAUUUCCGAAAUCGCCCGCUUUACAGUCUUUGCUAAGGUAUUAGUAAUGGCAGAUUCCUGUUUUAUAAAUCGACGAGGAUUUUGCUUGACAGAAUUCCAAAACGGAAUUUCUUUUUUCUUUCUUUCUUCUUCUUCUGUCAAUUAAGUUCGCAGCGGGCGUUGGUUUAUACGAAACAAUAUGUUUAUAGUUUUUUUUUCAAUUUUUGUCACAAUUGUCAAUUAAAGUCUUGUUUCUUUAAAAAACAGAAAAAGAUUUAUUGUAAAUCUAAAAGAAUUACUGUAUUUUAAUAGUAAAAACAUUUUGUAUAGUUAAAUAGCGAAUUAGAUAUUUAAUUAUUAACUAAGUAUUAAUCAUCAGUAAUAGCAGAUCAGGUGUUUAAAUGGUGCGGUUCACAGAUGACCUUUUGCAAGUCCUCUUGGCAAAAAAAAGUAAUAAUUUUCUAAUAUUUCAAACAAAAGUUCGAAAUAUUUGAAUAUGCAAGUCAUGUGUUUAUAUAUAAUAAACAAUUCACGGGAACAUAUAAAUAAUUUUUGCAUGAGGUGGCCUAAGAGACACACGUUACUGGUAUUAGUAACAGCCAUUGUGUAGUUCAGAUUUCAACGAGUGAUCUUCUAACUAAUUCAUUCGCCGAAUAUUUAUAUUUAAGGAUAAGUGGAGUGGAAAAU